AAUGUUAUCAGUAAAACUUGAUCACAAGUCAGUAGUGCCAGCCCCUGGUUUUGGGAGAUCUUGGGUAAGAUGUCCCCAAUAGCACGAGCCCCAUCACUGGGGGUUCAUUUCAUCCUCAGUGUUGUCACCAAAGCCCUCUUCCUCUCAGCCCGCUCUGUGCUACCACCAGAGGGAGAAUGCAAGUUUGAGAAGGUGCUCCAUCUCCUCAUUCUAGUCACGCUUGUGUGGUCAGCAGGUGAGCAGGCAGUAAUCUACCUGCAAGCAGGGAUGGCAGGGGGAUGGCCAGGAGGGUCUUGACAGUUGCCCAGCAUUCCUCCCUGUUGGUUCUGCUGGCCAGAAUCAGGGUGAGGUGAAAUGCCAGCAAAAUUUACAAGAAAUGCAAGAAAACUUGGGGACCUGUGUGGGCAAACAAACUGUAGAAUUUUGGUGGCAAAUGAACUGUAGAAUUUAAGCCUUAAAUGGCUUUGUCAAGUUUCUUUUUCCCAGAGACUAUUUUCUACUCCUCUUGUCUGAGGUCAGUUUAGUAAGCAUAUGAUUCUGACGCACUGACCAAAGUUGGCUUCUCUCUCUCAGGCUUGUGGUAUGCUGUUGCUGCUGCAGUUGUGCAAAGUCACUCAGAAGUGCAAGGAGGAGGAGGAGGAGGAUGUGGUCAAACGCUCUGAGAGCAUUACUUCCCUCUCUGGGGAGAAAGGAGAAGCUGCUUUACCUCCUCUCCACCUGACCUAGAUGCCUGAUGGAGUCGUUUCAACGGCUGCUGGGAAGCUUGCAACAGGCUGUGAAUUUUAUUUCCUCCUUCACUGCCUACCUCUUUGGAGAUGAAGCUCACCCAGGAGCAGAGGAAUCAAGAAGUACAAAGAAUGCUCACAGCUGCCAGCAUGACGGCGAAGUGGAGACAAAACGUGACGGGGACGGUCCUCCGAGGGGACCGCUGGGGGCACUUGAAGAUCCACUCGGUGCAGAGGUGGACCCAACCCGCCAGCACGUCCAGGUGACAUCAGAAGCAGCAGUCGGUGGCGGUCAGGAUACGGAGGCCAUUGUCAGACGGGAGGGAGAGGCAGAGCUUCAACAGAUCCUCUCAGAGUCCUCCCAAUUAUCAGGGAAUGGCCCAGAGCCAAGAUCCAUGGCCACUGGGCCAGGCAAGAUCAGUCAGAGAGACCUGCAAGGGCCAAACACAAUGGCGGGGCUCCAUCAAAGAGAGGCAGAAGCAUCCAUCUGGAUGGGGGCAGUUCAGGAAGGAGUGCUGGAGGAGAGGGCAGCAACAAAAUGGAAUCAGCACUGGGAGCUAGACAGCUCAUCGGCUGGAAGCAAAGAUCAUGGCAAACUGGAUGGGGCAGGAGAGCUAAACAGGGGUCAAGAGAAGGGGCUGGAGGGGGUUCAGUGGAGUGAGGGGAUUCUACAAGGGGAACCAGAUCUGGCAUGGACUGGGAGAUCUCAGCAUGGGGAACAGGAACAGGCGGUCAAGAUGGUGGCAGGCCUCCAGUUGGAAGCUGAGAAGAAACAGGGAAAAGAGGCGGAAAAUGACCAGCAGGACUUGGCAGCAAAAGAAGGCAUUCAGCAAGGGAUGCUGAGCAGGGCAGAGACUGCGGAAGACCAGGAGCAGGUGCUAGAAAGGGGAGAAAGGGUUGGGAGAAGCCUUGGGUGGGAGCCACAGGGAGAACUGGAAGAUGUAAGUGGGGCCGAAGGGAAUCAGGAGAGGGAGCUGGAGGAAACAUUGUGGAAUGAUAGGGCUACAGAUGAGGUUCUGUUUGCUGGGGAAGAGCAGAGAGGUCUAGAGAAGCAAGCAUGGACUGUGGGAUUUCAACAUGGCGGAUUGGAGAUGGAAGCCAAGAUGGUAGAAGAACAGCUGGCAGAGGCUGAGAAAGAACACAAAGGAGAAGCUGAAGUAGAUGAGAACCAGCAGAAGGAGCCAGAUAGGAAAGUGGCAAAAGAUGGAAUUCAGCAAGAGAUGCUCAGUGAGGCAGAAACUGUGGAAAACAAGGAAAGGAAGCUGGAAGUGGGGAUAGAGGUUAGGAGAAGCCAUGAACUGAGGCCAGAAGAACUGGAAGAAGCAGCUGCAGAAGGUACUACACAGGAUCAGAGAAAGGAGAUGGAGGAAGAGUUGUGGAAUGAGGACAUUCAGCACACAGCACCAGAUCUGGCAUGGACUGGGAGAUCUCAGCAUGGGGAGCAGGAACAGGCAGCCAAGAUGGUGGAAAGUCUCUUGUUGGAGGCUGAGAAGGAACAGGAAAAAGAAAAAGAGGCAGAAAAUGACCGGCAGGAGGUGGCAGAAAAAGAAGGCAUUCAGCAAGGGAUGCUGAGCAGGGCAGAAACUGUGGAAGACCAGGAGCAGGUGCUAGAAAGGGGAGAAAGGGUUGGGAGAUGCCUUGAGGGGGAGCCACAGGGAGAACUAGAGGAGGUACAUGGGGCUGAAGGGAAUCAGGAGAGGGAGCUGGAGGAAACAUUGUGGAAUGAUAGGGCUACAGAUCAGGUUCUGUUUGCUGGGGAAGAGCAGAGAGGUCUAGAGGAGCAAGCAUGGAGUGGGGGAUUUCAACAUGGCGGAUUGGAAAUGGAAGCCAAGAUGGUGGAAGAACAGCUGGCAAGGGCUGAGAAAGAGCAGGAGGGAGAAGCGGAGGUGAAGGAGGACCAGCAGGAGGAACCAGAUAGAGGGGUAGAAAAGAAAGGAAUUCAGCAAGAGAUGCUGAGUGAGGUGGAAACUGUGGAAGACCAGGAAAGGAUGCUGGAAAGGGUGGCAAAUGUUAGAAGAAGCCAUGGAUGGGGGGCAGAAGAAGAACUGGAAGAAGCUGCUACAGGAGGGACCACACAGGAUCAGAGGAAGGAGGUGGAGGAAGAGUUGCGGAAUGAGGGUGUUCAGCAAGGGGCACCAGAAUGGGCCCUGCCUGAAGCAGAGAUGGAGGAGAACCAGCAUCGGGCGCCAGAUAGGGCAGUGGCAAAAGAAGGGAUUCAGCAAGCAGUGCUGGCUAUGGAAGAGGCCAAAGGAGACCUGGAAGAAGUGCUAGAAGGAGAGGAACAGGGGGUAGGAUGCCACUGGCCGGAGACCAAGGAAGUGGUACCUGCAGAAGUGCAAGACGAGGGGCUAAAGGGAGUAGUGGGAAAUAGGAACAGGCAGCAUGGGGAACUGGCAGGGGCAGAAGGAACAGAGGAGGAGCUAGAAGAACCUGUGAGGAAUGGGGCCCAGGCUAGCGGGGGAGAACAAGAAGCAGCAGCCAGAGAAGAAUGGCAGGGUAGUGACCAGGAGGAAUUGAUGGAGAAGCCAGCAGAAGAUAGUAGGCUUGAAGGAGGAGUGCUGGAAGAUGCUGAGACGACUGAGGGCCAGUCAAGGCCUCUGGAAGAGACGGACAGCAGCCUGCAGCAAGGAAACAUGGAAUACUGUGCCUCCAUCGAUACAGACGCCUUCUCUGGGCUCAGGACCGUCCUGACUGAGGUCACACCCUUGGACACGAGUGCCCAGAAAGAACGGGUGCUGUUACGUCGUAAGAGCUCCAUCCGGCGGGUGCCCACUUUGAAGAGACCAAGGCCAUCACUGGAGACCCAACCACAAGAGACAAACAUUGCUGAGGAUGCCCCUUCUCAACCUCAACUGCAAGCACCAAGAAGGCCAAACCUGAGGCACUCUGGCUUUGGGCCUAUGCACCCCAAUAUGAUGGCCGAGCUGCAGAUGCGCCUUCGUAAGCCCCAGUGAGCACAAGUUUGGAGCAAUCCGUGGGAUGAUGCAGCUGCAAGCUCUCUGAUCUAUCCUGGAUCAGGCAACCAUGGUCAUGAAUUGUAGCAGUCGAAAAGGGAAGUCUUCUGGGAUAAAAGCACAUAUAUUAUUGAAUUACCUUUUAGAGCAUAGCACCGAGAGCUUUUCCCCUUGCAGGAUCCCCCAAAAUAUGUCCAUGACACCAUUCAGAGAUAAUACCAGACUUCCUUUUUUAGAAAAAAGAAAGCGCAGGAGGGCCCUUGCAGGAUGAAUAUGUCAUGCAAAUCACCUACAAACUACCAGGGAUGAGGAAUCGGGAGCACACAAUAAAUGCCUUGUACAGAGAGGCUCAAAAGAGUCUGUCUGUCUGCUCUGAAAGGACAUGCAAUAACCAACGUGCUGCUUUCCGCUGUGCCUCCACAUUCUGGGUCCGGUCGUUCUUGCGUGUGAUGGAUCGUGUUGAUCCACUAGAUACGGUGGCUGGACGCAGGGAGAGAUGCAGCAAUUGGACAUUGCUCAGCCGGACAUGGUUGUGGGGAGAGGAGGCAGAGCCAGUGCCUUGAGCAUGAACGUCAUUGUCAUCAGUGGCUCUUUCUGCUCUCCUUCUAGCACUGUUGAGGCAUUGCUUUUCCAUAAACUGCUGCCAGUAGAUUUAGCACGCACUUGAUAUAGCACUUUCCUCCAUACAAAUCAAAAAAUACCCGCAUCACGGUAAACUCCCACUACAUGUUUUCUUAGAAGUAAUUCCUAUUUUGCAAGGGUCCUGCUUCUUCCUGUAACUAGCCCUUUAAUUAGAAGCUUCUGCCUUGCCCCUUUCUUGUAAAGUCCUUAAUUAGAUGCUUCUUGUGGCACUCCUGGUUUGCCCCUUAGUCUGUUACUCUUCCUUAUUGUGGGAGAGGAAUUAGCACUUUAAUGACCUGCUUUCUUUUGGAAACUAGGCUGUUCAUUUAUUAUAUUGUAUUGCAGUGGAAAAAUGUAGUCAUAUCUUUAAAAAAAAGUGAUUGUUCUGUCUGUGACAAGGUAGCCAGUAAUUAAAGCACUCAGGAACAACCAUUCCCAUCUCAUCCCAAAAUGUGAUCAAUAAAGAGGUGAUUCAUGGAUGCUGCAGACACAGAGAAUGAUUAGGAAGUAACUAUUAAAACAGUAAGUAGGAAGCCACUUAUUAAAUGUACAGUAACCCUGAAGUGCCUCAUUAGUGCUUUCUAUAGGCUGGUACUGCAUUGUACUUUAAGAUGAUAAUAAUUAAAACAUCAGCAGAAAUUGGCUCAGAGAAAGACAACACAGAAAACAUUAGAAUGCAUUAUUAAAGACAUUGUUUGGCUUUUUCCUGAAAGCUGAAAAAACACACAAUGACUAUUCCAGACUGAUGAAUAGUGGAUUUUUUGAUCUCUUUGUCUACCCACUUGAAGGUGUGCCUUCUGGAAUGAACCUUUCGACCAGGAAAUUCUGUUCACUGAUAAAUGGACAUUUUGCAAGCUUUGAAGACAACUUGCUAGAUGAUAUCCAUGCUGAAGGAACUUCCUUUUUGGGAUGAACAAAUUGUUACCUCUGGAAUCUCACACCAAGCUUACAGAUUUCCCUCCGCAUCCCAUCCCACCCUUCCUUUCGUCUCAUUCCUUGUCUUACAAGGAUCCAGUGAGGCCAAAAUGCUCUUGGAGGUAGGGCACUCAGUCCUCUGGUUCCAGAAAGAGAACGAGCUUACCUUUAUUCUCUUGGGUUUAAUUUGAUAAUUGUAUUUCUUCUGCGUCUGUUUUAGUUAUGUUUAAUGGCUACUUUUAGUUCCUAUUUUAAUUGUUUUAGUUAAUUUUUAAUUGAUUUAGCACAGCCCUCCUGUCCUGACAUGCUGUAGUCCAACAUUUCAGGAUGGCACUGGUUUUGGGAUGGCUGGUUCAGAAUAUUAAAUUGUCCAUAUUUAAAAUUAUGUUAUUGUAUUAUCUUUCAUUAUUUUGCCUGGAAAGCUUCUGCUGAAAGAUAUCCUAGAAAGUGUUUGAGUCAGUCAGUAAAAUGUAACUGAGUGGUUGCUGAGCCCUGCCACUGUGAGCAUCUCAGAAGUUCCCAACAAGGAAAUUAUUCAAGGCAGGGAAGCUUUCUGGGAAGGCCAGCACCUUGCAUGAAUUGUGGUUGUUCCUUACGGCUGACCCAUGUUUGCUGGUGGCCUGCAUUUCUGAUCUCAGUUCAGAGAUACCCUAGAUGACAUCAGCCUUAGACAAAGACUGGUGUUGUGGGUUUAGGGUGUUGUGGUGAUGUUGUGAAGCAGUUGGAAGACCAGCUACUGAGAGCAUUCGCCAGUCUUUCGGAAGGCGAUUUUGCCAAGGCAUUUAUGGCAGUCACUUGUGGCUCCAUUAAACCUGUCCAUUGUCGACUUUCAGUCUUAAAAGGGAAUUUUUGUUUUGUGGCUGGAAACUCUAUUAGGAUUAUGCUCUUUCAAAAGUGAAACACUUGAAAAAUGCUCAGGGAGACACUGAGGAACAUUUACCUUUCUUUCAGUGCCACGUCUUUCCUUCCUGCAGACGCAAUCACAAUGAAAUCCUUGGUUGACUGCUCUGUCUGUCCAUUUGAAAAAUGAUUUGGUCUAAUAAAAAUAUAUCACAAGUA